ACGCACCGGAGGAGCGGAGCUGAGCGGAGCAGCAACAUGGCUGCAGAUUACUGGGAGCCAGAAAGCCCCGAGACUCUGUCAGACUGAACCGAGCCAAAGACAACCCGGGACAGACCGGGACAAACCCUCCCGGUGUGGUCUCCAGGCUGGCUGCCCCGCCCCCCUCAGCAUCACGCCCUCCCCUGCCCCCCCGGCCCCCCCUCAUGGAGAGGAUGAGGAAGAUCAAACGGCAGCUGUCACUCACUCUGGGGAGGGGAGGGGCCGGGGGAGGGGACAGGACGCUGAGUGACACCAUCAACCAGGAAGUGACAUCACACAGUGACUCAGAGGUGGUGUCUCUUCGUGGUUCCUCUGGAAGUUUGAAGGUUCGAGGUUCGUCUUCAUCAGUUCAGUCUCUCCUACAGUCGUACAGCAGCUCACUGAGGAAGCCUCGAGGCCUCGGACGCAGCCUGAGCUCCUACCUGAACCACACCACCAGACUGGAGAUCGUCCAUGAGGAUGUGAAGAUGAGUUCAGAUGGAGAAAGUGAUCCAGCUUCUUCAUCAGAUGAUGUUCAAAGUCCCGUCAGAGUGAGACUGAGAAACAAGAAGAUCUCCUCUGAGGACAUCAACAAACGUCUCUCGUUACCGGCCGACAUCCGUCUUCCAGACGAUUACCUGGAGAAGUUUAAUCUGAUUGGUCCGGCUCUGUUUGAGCAGCCAAUUAGCCGAAGGCUGCGCAGAGUGUCUCUGUCAGAGAUUGGUUUUGGGAAACUGGAGACGUACAUCAAACUGGACAAACUGGGAGAGGGGACAUAUGCUACAGUGUAUAAAGGUCGCAGUAAACUGACUGAUAACCUCGUGGCUCUGAAGGAAAUUCGACUGGAACAUGAAGAAGGAGCUCCGUGUACUGCAAUCAGAGAAGUGUCUCUGCUGAAGGAUCUGAAACACGCCAACAUCGUCACGCUCCAUGACAUCAUCCACACACAGAAGUCCCUCACGCUAGUGUUUGAGUAUCUGGACAAAGAUCUGAAACAGUAUCUGGACGACUGUGGAAACAUUAUCCAUGUUCACAAUGUCAAACUCUUCCUGUUCCAGUUGCUUCGAGGUUUGUCGUAUUGUCAUCGGAGGAAAGUUCUCCACAGAGACCUGAAACCCCAAAAUCUGCUGAUCAACGAGCGAGGAGAACUAAAACUGGCUGACUUUGGUCUGGCUCGAGCAAAGUCCAUCCCGACAAAGACAUACUCUAACGAGGUGGUGACGCUGUGGUACCGACCGCCGGACAUCCUGCUGGGCAGCACCGACUACUCCACUCACAUUGACAUGUGGGGUGUUGGUUGUAUCUUCUAUGAGAUGGCGACAGGUCGACCUCUGUUUCCUGGUUCCACGGUAGAGGAGGAGCUCCACUUCAUCUUCAAACUCCUGGGCACUCCCACAGAGCAGAGCUGGCCUGGGAUCAGCUCUAAUGACGAAUUUGUGGCGUACAACUACCCUCAGUACAGAGCGGAGAGACUGAGUAACCACACCCCCAGGCUCAGCAGUGAAGGUGUGGACCUGUUGUCAAAGUUCCUGCAGUUUGAAGGGAAGAAGAGGAUCUCAACAGCUGAGUCAAUGAAUCACCGUUACUUUAGUAACCUUGGAAACAGAGCGAUGACACUUCCUGACACAACGUCCAUCUUCAGUCUGCCAGAGAUCCAGCUGGAGAAAGAAACGAUCAGACCAACAACAGUCACACCUGAUCCAGCGAACAGUCCGGGCAAGAGGCGGAGUCUGCUGUUCUGACAUCAUUGGGAGGCAGAGUCUGGUCCUCUGACAUCACUUGGAGACAGAGUCUGCUCCUCUGACAUCACCAGGGAGGCGGAGUCUGCUCCUCUGACAUCACCAGGGAGGCAGAGUCUGCUCCUCUGACAUCACCAGGGAGGCGGAGUCUGCUGCUUUGAUAUCACCAGGAGGUGGAGUCUGCGCCUCUGACAUCACCAGGUAGGAGGAGCGUGCUCCUCUGACAUCAUCAGGGAGGUGGAGUCUGCUUUUUUUUUUUUUCUUCUUCUUCUUCUCUCCGGAGGAGUAAAACAAGAACAGGAAGUAAAAUGAUAAGAAGAAAACAAACUGAGCCCUGAAAUGAUUGUUUAUCAGACAGACAGACAGACAGAUG